AUGGCUGACAACCACACAUCGGGAGCUGAUAGGAAGGACUUGAAUGGUUCUUUACUGGAUCAUAAGAUUUAUGGACCCGAUGAAUCUAAAGAAGAGGAGUCGGGAAAUCAAAACCUGUGGUCGAGAUCCCUGGCUCGAAAAUGGAUCCUGAUGCUGUUCAUGGGCACCUGCCUCCUCUAUUGUGCGAGGAUGGCCAUGCCAGUCUGUGCUGUCUCAAUGGCAGCUGCGUUUCACUGGAGUAAAAUUGAUUCUGGGCUGGUUUUGGGUGGAUUCUUCUGGGGUUACUGUGUAACACAGAUCCUGGGAGGACAUGCAAGUGACAAAAUGGGAGGAGAGCGUGUCCUGUUCCUCUCUGCAUCCUCAUGGGCUCUGAUCACAGCUGGCACUCCUCUGUUGGCCCAUCUUGGCUCUCACACGGUUGCUCUUAUGACUGUGGCCAGGUUUCUCAUGGGAUUAUCACAAGGUGUUUUUUUCCCAUCUUUGGCCAGCCUGUGCUCACAGCGUGUAGUGGAAGGGGAGAGAGGGUUUUUAAUGAGUUCCAUGCAAAGCGGUACCCAUCUUGGAACACUGCUAGCAGGCGGGUUGGGGACCCUGAUGCUCGACUAUUAUGGCUGGGAAAGCAUGUUCUACAGUAUCAGUAUCCUCUCCGCACUCUGGGCUCUCAUUGUUUGGCAGUGUUUACCAAAAGAUGAACUUAUCCCCAGGAUGACUGAAAGAAAGGCGGUCUCAGGAUGGAGUUUGUCAAGGACACGCUGGCUGAGUCUUUUUAAGAAGCCACCUGUCUGGGCCAUGGUGUUUGCUCACAUGUGUGUGUGCAGCACAUCCUACACACUGUUAUCAUGGCUGCCAACAUACUUCAAAGAAUCGUUUCCUCAUGCCACGGGAUGGGUCUAUAAUGUUGUUCCAUGGCUAACUGCAAUCCCAUCAGCACUCGGUGGAGGAUACGUUUCAGAUUUCCUCAUUAACCGAGGAUAUGGUGUAGCAUCUGUAAGAAAGAUAAUGCAGUUUUUUGCCAUGGGAGCAUCAAGUAUGUUUAUUUUGCCUCUGUCGGGAGUUGUCACAUUUCCUUCUGCUGUGACUUAUAUUUCUGCUGCUGUGGCUCUCUCCACCUUUACCAGCGGUGGUGUGUCUGUGAAUGUGCAGGAUCUCACACCAUCAUGCGCAGGCGCCCUCUUUGGUUUUAUGAAUAUGAUGGGUGCUUUUAUGGGCCUGGUGCUGGUCUCCGUAUCAGGAUACUUGAUUGAAGUCACACAUUCGUGGGCCACAGUCUUCGCCCUCAUCACUUUAGUAAAUUCCACGGGUCUCGGUAUCUUCCUCAUCUUUGGAGGUGCUCACCGUGUGGACAAAGUGGAUUAUAGCCAGAUUAUUGAGAUCUGACCCAGACUGACAUUGUGCUAAUUAGGUCUGUCAAAAUAUGUUAUUCACUAUUUAUUUAUUUAUUGUUGAAUCAGGUAUUACGCACAAAGGUAACAUCAGGCCAUGUUUAGAUUUCAAACUACUUUGGGAUACUCAAGUAGAGCCUUUGAAUGGUUGAGAUAGCUGUUACAUAUAUAUAUUUGUAGCACAUGUCCUUAGUUAUUGUGGCGGUUCUUGGCCCCGAGCGCAUGUGUAUAGGAGUCAAAACUCUAACACAAACAGAAGUAAAUGGUGUAUUCAUCAGCAUAUUUUUAGCAGCAGAUUUGGUGCACUGGAAAAUAGAGCACACUGGAUGUACUCAGACUUGUCACAAUAAAAUCCACAAUAAACUUUCAGUAUAUUGAAAGUUAUCUGAGAGGGAGCUUAACUCCUGGGCUGCUUUCAGGCUUUAGAAAAUCCAGUGUGUGUUGAGAGACCUUGGCCAGUCACAGAUCUUUUCAGACCAGGUAACGUGAGCUAAAAGCUCUAUAUAAGUGGCAUGCAUUAAGUGGCAGUCUUUCACCUGGAAGAUCAGGGCUCAUAUUACAUGUGAAGGAAAAAGGCAGCAUUCAUUCAUUAAUGUGCUCCACACUUAUCUAGUGGGAGGAGCUUAUACCUCAGAAGGUGUUGGCUUUCUUUUUUAUAAAUGUAUGCAGUUCAGUUUUAAACAUCACUGGAGACCUGAUGUUCAAGCAGGGUCAUUCAAAAACAGCUGGUACUGUAAAGUUGGGCAGUUGUUAAUUUUUAAUAUCCACUAAAAGUUUUUUGUGUGUUUUUUGUGUGUUUCCAUUAGUUUUUAUUUGGUUUUGUUUAAACCACAA